AUGAUUCGACAAUCACGUGAUAGACCAUCUGGUGAAUUAGAACUUUUAAUACGACCUUUAAAUAAAUGUCAUUUAUCAUCAAAUAAUGAUAAUGAUUCUGAACAUACUUAUGAUAAUGAAUUUUUAAAUUUAAAUGAAAAAGAUCCAUUAGAACAAUCCUUAGAAACAUUACGUGAUGAUCUUACAACUGGUCAUCUUAUUGAACAGUAUGAAGUAAGUUAAAUAUUUUAAUAAAAUUAAAAAUCUUUUUUGUUUCGUUGUUUACUUAGGCACUUC